AGCAGAGCCAGGGGUUUCGGACUGGUUUGCAUCAAUUCUCACGUAGCCUAAUUAAAAGGCCGAGGUAUACACCAAGGCGAGUCCGAACCCGGCACUGAUCUGUCCGUAGGUGUGGGGUCACUGGGCUCUUCGUUUCUGUGUCACCUGGAGUUGAUCUCUAGGGUUUUGCUUUUGCUAUCGUGGUGGUGACAAUAGUUUUUUCUUCUUUUUUAAAAUGACGGUUAAUCCCGAUUAUCUGGUGCUUUUAUUCGCCACCACAUCUGGCGCAAGUGGGGGCCAAUUGGGAACAGAUGAGAAGGAAAUUGUACAGGUGGUUUGGCAAGUUGUGGAUUUGGCGACUAAAAAGGCUGGUCAGGUAAAUGAACUGCUAGUCAAACCAGAUCACAUUGAGCUUUCUGAGGAGUGUCAGGAGGUGAGUGGACUCACCGAGGAUGCCUUGACAACUGCUGAUCCGCUUGAGGAGGCCAUCGAACAGUUAAAUCAGAAGUUAUGUGCAGAAGUGGACGCAGGUGCAGGGAAUUCCUUCUGCCUCUGUACGGAUGGACAGCUGCAUGUGCGUCAAGUCCUGCAUCCUGAGGCUUCCAGCAAGAAUAUUUUGUUGCCUGAGUGUUUCUUCUCGUUCUUUGACCUGCGGAAAGAGUUCAAGAAAAAAUUCCCAUCAGAAGGGGAACUGAAAGACUUGGAUCUUCAGGUCAUGGCUGACUACUUGAAUGUGGUUGUAGAUUCUUCUCUUCAUGCUUUCACUGCUUACAAAGUUCAACAGAUGUCAGAUAUUGUUUUAGCACUAAUCUCGGAUUCUUUCUGCCACAAAUUCUCCUUACCUGAAAAAGUGAAUGACAAGUUUGAGACAGGCACCUGCAGUAAGAUGGAGAGGGUGGAUGAUAACACAGUGAUCAGAGCUCGGGGUCUUCCAUGGCAGUCCUCAGACCAGGAUAUCGCCCGGUUCUUCAGGGGUCUCAACAUCGCCAAAGGAGGUGCUGCAUUGUGUCUGAAUGCUCAGGGCAGGAGGAAUGGAGAAGCCCUAGUGCGGUUUGAGAGUGAGGAGCACAGGGAUUUGGCCCUGCAGAGACAUAAGCAUCACAUGGGCACCAGAUACAUUGAGGUUUACAAGGCAACAGGUGAAGACUUUCUAAAGAUAGCAGGAGGUACCUCUAAUGAAGUGGCCAAUUUUCUGUCGAGGGAGAAUCAGGUUAUCAUACGCAUGCGUGGACUUCCGUUCACUGCCACCGCAGAGCAGGUGCUGCAGUUCUUCUCCCCGGUGUGUCCCGUGACCGACGGCACCGAAGGCAUUCUGUUUGUACGUUUUCCCGAUGGCAGGCCCACUGGGGAUGCGUUCGUCCUGUUCUCCUGCGAGGAGCACGCUCAGAACGCGCUGAAAAAACACAAGGACAUCCUGGGCAAGAGAUACAUAGAGCUGUUCAAGAGCACUGCGGCUGAGGUGCAACAGGUACUGAACAGAUACUCAUCAGCGCCGUUGAUUCCGGUAGCCCCAUCCCCCAUCCUGUCUGUGUUGCCACAGCCCACAUUCGUGCCCCAAACGGCAGCAGUGACAGGUGUUCGGGACUGCGUGAGAUUGAGGGGUCUGCCGUACGAUGCCAGCAUCCAGGACAUUUUGGUUUUCCUGGGGGAAUACACUGGUGAUAUCAAACCACAUGGAGUGCAUAUGGUGCUUAACCAGCAGGGUCGUCCUUCGGGUGAUGCUUUUAUCCAGAUGCGUUCAGCUGACCGGGCGUUCCUGGCAGCCCAGUGCUGCCACAAGCGCAGCAUGAAGGAGCGUUACGUGGAGGUGUUUGCGUGCUCCGCUCAGGAGAUGAACAUCGUGCUGAUGGGGGGGACGCUCAACAGGAGCGGCCUCUCGCCGCCACCAUGUAAGUUACGACGCUUGUCUCCUCCAUCGUACACGUUUCCUCACGGGACGGCUGUCCUCCCUGCUGGAGCAGUGCUACCUGUGGAGCCAGCUGCGAUCUACCCGUCCCAGUUCCUGCUGAGUCCCCGGCCACUGGCACCAACAACGGCCUUCUACCCUGCCAGUAACCAGCUGUAUAUGAACUACACCACCUAUUAUCCCAGCCCACCUGGCUCCCCCCCUAACAUCAGCUACUUCCCUGCUGGCCACAACCCUUCAGCAGGCUCCCUCAUCUCGGCCCCGCACACAGCACUGAUACGAAUGCAAGGCCACGCCCCUUCCCAUGUUUAUAAUCCGGGGGUUAAAGAGAUCCUCAGCAUGGUACAUGGGUAUCAGCACGGCAACACCGACGCUUUGGUAACUCUCCCUUCUGUGCUGUCAGCAAAGCAUCCUAUUGGGGACCAGUCUGUAGGAGGCGGAGCCUAUCUUGACUUGCAGUUGCUUUAAGCCAAUCUAUUGAUGAGGCCAUGCCCCUUUGGUGGAUUCAACAAACCCCUUAAAACAAAGCAGUUUAUGCCAUUUAUACUAUUUAUAUGAGAAUUUUUAAAAUAGUUAUAUGUAUUUUGACAUUAAUGUAUAUUGUACAUUGUUUUUUAUGCAUUAGAGCUAAUAUUCUGCUCAUAAGGUUUUUGCUGAAGAUGUGUGUCUGUGUGUGAGUGUGAGUUUGUAUGUUUGUGUACAUGCACAUGCAGUGAUGUUCACUCAGGAAAUAGCUUCUCAAACCAGGGUCUAAACAUAGCUGCCGAAUCAAAGGCAGACUUUCACUGAAACCAUAAAUUUAAGCCAAAGGACCAUAAAAAAGUGUGUUAGUGCCUCCCUGUUGAUGUGACUCUACCGUGAGUAUGUGUGAAUGCGUAGAGACCUUCUCAAGACUCUUUUUUUUUUCUUCCUUUGAAGGUUUUAAUUUGCAUGAAGUUAAUAGAGCUAGCUGUUAUAACAUGUUUACAAGAUUCGCCAAAUCCUUACACCACGCACAACGCAGUUCGUGGAUGUCUGAAACAUGUAGUUCUGCAAGUCAUUUCGCCAAAAUAGCUCAGAAUCAGGAACAACUUACUUUUGUGCUUUAUACCCGUGUCAUGCAUCAGAAAAAUGUAUUGUCCGUACCAAUCAAUGUACAAAAUAUAGAUAAAUGUGCUUGUUGAUGUGUGUAUGUGUAGUACAUGUUACCCAAUUGUUGUGUGUGUGUGUGUGUGUGUGUGUGGGUGUGUGCACCAUAACCAAAAGUCAAUGCAUGCGUGUUUAUUUACUGCACUCAGAGAGUGUUUUUGGGCCUGCUGUAAUGCACACAGGUGUAUUUUCACCCAUUGUCUGUGUAUUAAGGAUAGUGUUUGUGUGCAUCUGCUGGAAUGUGAACAGGUUUAUUUUUGACCUGCAGCUGUAUCCCAUCUGUACCCUCCUGUUUGUUUAUGCCAAUGUGCCUCAUUUAUUAGUCUGUGCUUUUUUUAAAUACUAAGAGUAAUUUGCAUGUUUAGGCUUUUAUGAGCAGUAGGAGUAAAGCGUAUGACAGUGAAAUAGUCAGUGUGAUUUAUUUGUACUAGUACCCACACAUGCCAACAAGCAGUAGUUAAGCAGAAGCACACCUCACUCAUGUUACCGAUCUGUUACCAUCAUAUUUUUAAUUCCUAACAUAGGUGGAAAUGAGAAAUCAAGAAUUUGGCUGUUUGGAGAAAGUAUUAUUUUAUUUUGAUAUUUUAUAAUAACUUAAAAUAAAGUAAAUUUAA